CUGAAAGCAGUUUUAGUUAAGAUCAACUUAAAAUGCUGAUAAGGGUCUGUUAAGGUUUGAGUGGCAGUUAAAACGAAUUUAGCUGUUUUCAUGUAUAAUUUAGGCGUGAAGAUUUUCACGGCUCAUUAAUACAUAUUAAAGAAAAGGUGGUCAUGACAUUUGAAGAUCCUUUUUUUGUUGUCAAGGAAGAAGUCUCAAAAGCUUUAAAUAAAACAAGAAGCCUGUUUAGACGUUGGUUAGAACUACAAGAAGAUAUUAGGAGCAAUAUUUCUAAAGAUGAAUUGGAAUGGACCACAACAGAGCUAAGAAAUUCUCUCAGAAGUAUCGAGUGGGAUCUGGAAGAUUUAGAUGACACAAUUGUUAUCGUGGAGAAAAAUCAAUCUAAGUUCAAGAUUGAUAACAAGGAAUUGACUAGUAGAAGACAUUUCAUAGAUCAAACCCGAGAAGAAGUUAAGCAUAUGAAAGACAAAAUGAAUUAUAGCAGAGGAAGAGAUCGUGACAGAACAUCUCGACAGCCUUUAUUGGAGAGUAGCCCUGUGCGUGGAGCUACUAGCCAUGGGACUACAAAAUAUUCUAAACUGGAAAAUGAGAUGGAUUCACCAAACCGACAUUUUUUAGAUUCUGCAUUAUCUCAACAGAAUCAUCUUUUACAGUCGCAAGACGAUCAUUUAGAUAUGAUUUCACAUUCCCUUGGUUCUUUGAAAACUGUAUCAAGGCAGAUUGGUAGCGAGUUGGAUGAACAGGCUGUGAUGCUUGAUGAGUUUGGAUCAGAAUUAGAGAAUACAGACUCAAAAUUAGAUUCAACAAUGAAGAAAAUGGCGAAAGUAUUACAUCUUUCGAAUGAUCGAAGACAGUGGAUUGUUAUCUUCGUGUUAACAUUUUUAUUGAUCAUUGUCAUUCUUUUAUUUCAAAUACUGUAAAGUGAAAGAUAAGCCCAGUCUUUAUUAAACCAAAGAUAUUUGUAAAAAGCACAAAUAUGCUAUUUCACAGUGUUAAUUUGUAUUUUUUAGUUAGCAUAUAUUCUGAUUUUGUUGAUCUUAAAAAGAUGCAAUUAAUGUUUCAAGUCUAGGAUAUUUUUCAAACUAAUUUUGAAAAGUAAGGUUUUGGUGAUUAUAUUCUGUGAUGUUUAUUUUCUUUUU